AUGGAAGGGGCUGUUUCAAAGGGCUCCACGGCCCAGGAAGGCAGCGGGGAGGAAGAGCCGCAACCAUUCCCUGUGGGAAAGGGCUCCGGGGAGGAAACACCCCUGGGGCGCUGGGAAAGCGGCUGGAGCUUCAGCCAGAGCUCCGACCUGGCGGUCCCCGAGCAGCUUCCCGGCGAGGAGAAGCCCUUCCCGUGCCUGGAAUGCGGGAAGAGCUUCAGCUGGAGGUCCCACCUGCUCCGCCACCAGAAGGUCCACACGGGGGAACGGCCCUACCCAUGCGGGGAGUGCGGGAAGAGCUUCAGCCAGAGCUCUGACCUGCUGGUCCACCAGCGCCUCCACACCGGGGAACGGCCCUACAAGUGCCUGGAAUGUGGCAGGAGCUUCAGCAAGAGCUCCAGCCUGACCUACCACCGGCGCUCCCACACCGGGGAACGGCCCUACGAGUGCUUGGACUGCGGGAAGAGCUUCGGGCAGAGCUCCCACCUGCUCGCCCACCACCGGCUGCACACGGGGGAACGGCCCUACGAGUGCCCGGAGUGCGGGAGGAGCUUCAGCCGCAGCUUCAGCCUCGUCCUCCACCGGCGCCUCCACAGCGGGGAGCGGCCCCAUGGGUGCCCCGAGUGCGGGAAGGGCUUUCGGAGCGGCUCCGACCUCCUCCUGCACCGGCGGAUGCACCGGGGGGAGAGGCCCUUCCGCUGCCUCCACUGUGGGAAGGGCUUCGCCCGCAGCUCCGACCUCCUCAAGCACCAGCACAUCCACACCGGGGAGAGGCCCUACAGGUGCCUGAGGUGCGGGAAGAGCUUCAACCAGAGCUCUGCCCUGGCCUCCCACCGGCGGACCCACCGGUGA